GUUAAGAGAGUUAUUAAUUUACCGGUCUUGUCUGCUACUAAAUUUCCAGUUAGAUUACAAACAUACGUGGAAGAUCUGAUUCAAACUAUCAAAAAUAAAUCCACUGAAGUUUGUAUGAUAGAGAUAUGUGGAGAGGAAGGAUCUGGUAAAACCACUCUUGCCAAAGCCAUCUACAAUCAAAUUCAUUGGACAUUCAAGGAGAAAAGUUUCAUUGAAAAUAUUUCACAAGUUAGCGGAAUAAGAGGGUAUCUUCGUUUACUGGAACAACUCCUUUUAGACGUCCUAAAACAAAAGGUGGAGAUUCCUAGCAUUGAUGUGGGAAGAAGAAUGAUUCGGGAAACACUUAAUGGAAAAAGGGUGCUCAUUGUACUUGACGAUGUUUCAUACUUUAGUUUACUCGACCUAUGGAACUGUGGUAAAUGGUUCGGCGAAGGAACUGUAAUAAUCGUUACAUCAACAUUUGAAAGAGUGCUGAAAGAUCAUGCUAAUUCUUUCUUCUGGGUAGAGCGAAUGAACGCAGAGGAGUCCCUUGAGCUUCUCAGUUGGCAUGCAUUUAUAGAACCAAAACCAAAAGAAGAAUACUAUUACCUUGCAAUAAGAGUAGUUAGUUAUUGUGGAGGACUACCACUAGCUCUUGAAGUCGUUGGAAGUACUUUAUUUGAAAAGACGAAAAAAGAAUGGGACACUAUAUUGUCAAAAUUUGCGAUAGUUGGGAGGCAUCGUGUUUCAGAGAUAAUAAAAAUAAGCAUUGAAGGUUCACUGAAUGAAAUGGAGAAAGAUAUAUUCCUUGAUAUAUGUUGUUUCUUUGUUGGUAAGAGCAGAGCCUACGUUAGGAAGAUCCUAAACGGUUGUGGAGUAGACGCUGAUAUUGGAAUAAGAGUUCUUAUCGAGCGUAACCUCAUCACAAUUAACAAGAACAACAAAUUUGGAAUGCAUCCUUUGCUACAAAAAAUCGGAAUACAAAUUAUUCAAGAAAAUUUUGUAAAGGAUCUUGGGAAGAACAGGCGACUGUGGUUUGAUAAGGAUACAAAAUAUGGGACAGAAGACAUGCAGUGGAUGCCUGUGAAACUGCCUUCAGUUCUCAUUGCCUUAAAAAGUGUACAACCGACUGUAAAUUCUCAAUACCUUAUUAAGAAACUAAGAUGGAUCAGUUUGCAUGCGUUUUCUUCAGAAUGUCUACCUAACAACUUUUAUCAGCAUGAUGCAAUAGCUAUUGAUUUAAAGCGCAGUCUUCUCCGAUUUGUCUGGAAAACACCUCAGGUUAUGAGAUCGGUGAAAGUCCUUAACCUCAGUCACUCCAAGUAUUUAACCACAACCCCUGACUUUACCGGAUUACCAAGUCUUGAACACCUCAUUUUCAAAUAUUGUUCAAGAUUGCGCAAACUACACCCAUCAAUUGGAUCACUUAACAGUCUUAUACUCCUAAAUUUGAAAGACUGUACAAGUCUAUACAAUCUUCCAACAGAGAUAUAUGACUUGAAAUCUUUAAGAACCUUCAUUCUCUCUGGUUGUUCCAAUAUUGACAUAAAGGAUAAAGAUAUAGCAAAGUUGAAAUCCUUGCUAACUCUAAUUGCUGAAAAUACAGCUGUCAAACAUGUGCCUUUUUCAAUUGUAAACUCAAAAGACAUUGGAUAUAUGUCCCUACGAGGAUUUGAGGGAUUAUCUCAUAAUUUUUUUCCUUCUAUCAUUCGGUCUUGGAUGUCGCCAACAAUGAAUCCCAUCUCUUAUAUUCAUUCGUUUUGCGAGGAUAUGGAGGACAAUACGAUUGAUAUUGCACCAUUGCUUAGCACCCUUUCAAAUAUUCGAAGUAUUUUGGUAGCAUGUGACACCGAAUUUCAAUUAACUAAGCAAGUCAAAAAUAUUUUGGUUGAAUAUUUUGCAAAUAUUACACAAUCAGGAAUUUCAAAGCAGUACUUCAGGUGUUCUUUGAUUGGUGUUGGAGCAUACCAUCAAUUCUUCAAUGCUGUCAGCGAAAACAUAUAUGAGGUAUUGUCAAGCAGUGAGUGUGGUGAUGUUUGUCUCCCAGCUGUGAAUGAUCCUUAUUGUUUGGCCCAUAUGGGUGAGGGACACUCUGUUUCUUUCGUUGUGCCUGAAGAUGGUGAUAUGAAAGGAAUGAUUUUGUGUGUUGUUUAUUUAUCAACUCCUAAGAUCAUUGAACCUGAAUUUACUACUGUCGUAAUUGUUAAUUACACAAAGUGUACAUUCCAUAUACACAACCAUGGCACAGUAAUUUCCUUUAAAGAUGAAGAUUGGCAAGACAUAAUGUCAAAUUUAGAAUCUGGAGACAAUGUGGAGAUUUUUGCGAAUUUCGGCAAUGGAUUGGCGGUCAAGAACACCGCUGUGUAUCUGAUAUGUGGUGAAUCAAAGAACAUGAAAAAAACGUUUGAGGCAAAGAAACAUGUCUCAUUAGAUUCGUAAAGAAAGUUGUAAUGUUACUUCUCAUAAGUCAUUUAUGUUCUUUGAGAACAGCAUGAUCACUUUAGUGAUGGAAAUAAUCCUAUUGUUCUUG